AUGGAUAACUCAAAUGAUUCAUCAUCAUCCUUGAGUUUUGUAUCAUCUCACCUCUCACAUGGUUCUAGUAAUCACAACGUAUCUUCCUCCACCAGCAUUGAGCAUGGGACAAAUAUUGAAAUUUUGAGCCUGAGUAAGCUCAGUGGAAGCCUUGAGAAGCUACUGAUUGAUGCUGAGAAUGAUUAUUGUGAUGCUGAGAUUCUCGUUGAAGACAUCUGUGUGGGUAUUCACCGCUGUAUAUUAGCCUCGCGCAGUCCCUUUUUUCAUGAGCUUUUUAAGAAAGGAACUGAUGGAUCGGGGAAGGAAGGAAAGCCAAGGUAUCUCAUGUCUGAAUUGGUGCCUUAUGGCGCAGUUGGAUAUGAAGCUUUCCAAGUUUUCUUGUACUAUUUGUAUACUGGAAGGCUAAAAGCUUCACCAACAGAAGUGAUAACAUGUGUUGAUGAAACAUGUAUCCAUGAUGCAUGUCGCCCUGCUAUCAAUUAUUCCUUGGAGCUGAUGUAUGCUUCUGCCACUUUUCAGAUGAAAGAGCUGGUUUUAGUCUUUCAGCGGCAACUCCUAAACUUUGUUGAGAAGGCUCUUGUGGAAGAUGUCAUUCCUAUUCUUAUGGCUUCUUUCAACUUCCAACUAGACCAGCUUCUCUCUCGGUGCAUUCACAGAGUAGCAAGGUCUGACUUUGACAACAUAUCUUUGGAAAAAGAGCUGCCUCAUGAAGUUGUGACUGAAAUCAAAUCGCACCGACUCUCAUCUCUGCCAGAAUCCUCAGAUGAUGCAUUGGAAGUGGAGCCUUUGAGUGAAAAGAGUAUCAAGAAAAUCCAUAAAGCAUUGGACUCUGAUGAUGUUGAGCUACUGAAGCUUCUUCUAAAUGAGUCCAGGGUCACCCUAGAUGAUGCAUAUGCCCUGCACUAUGCCUGUGCCUAUAGUGAUUCUAAGGUUAUUCAAGAAGUUCUUGGUCUAGGCAUGGCUGAUAUUCUUCGUAGAAAUUCCCGAGGAUACACAGUUCUUCAUGUGGCUGCAAGGCGAAAGGAUCCAUCCAUUUUGGUUUCACUGCUGAAUAAAGGGGCAUGUGCAACAGAUACCACUCCAGAUGGACAGACUGCUCUUUCAAUUUGUCAGAGGUUGACGAGACGCAAGGAUUAUCAUGAGAAAACAGUGCGGUGUAAGGAAUCUAACAAGGACAGGCUCUGUGUUGAUGUCCUGGAGAGGGAGAUGAGAAGAAGUUCUAUGACUGUGAGUAUGUCUGUUUCAUCACAGUUAACAGCUGAUGAUUUGCACAUGAGACUGGAUUAUCUUGAAGAUAGAGUUACAUUUGCUCGGUUGUUGUUUCCUGCUGAGGCUAGGGUAGCCAUUGAGAAUGCUGAGGCAGAUUCGUCAUCACUGUACGCAAACUCACCUUUAAAGGGCACAAAUGACAAACUUAAAGAAGUAGAUUUAAAUGAAUCUCCCUCUGCUCGAACCAGAAAACUUCAGUUAAGAUUGCAUGCCCUUAUGAAAACAGUUGAGAAUGGUAGGCGGUUCUUUCCCCAUUGUUCUGAAGUGCUUGAUAAGUUUCUGGAAGAUGAUAUGCCAGAUGUGUUCUUCCUAGAGAAGGGCACUGAAGAAGAGCAGAAAAUGAAGAAAGCACGCUUCAUGGAACUUAAAGAUGAUGUGCAGAAAGCAUUUCACAAAGAUAUGGCUGAAAAUAACCAUACAGCUUUUUCAUCUUCAGUAUCCUCCUCAUCAUCUUCAACUCGGAGGGAAGGUCUUAACCACAGAGUGAGGAAAAAAUGA